AUGAAUGUGCUUCAAAGCAUUCUUAAGAAUAUGUGGGUCUCUCUGAAACCCUACUAUACCCAGGUUUAUGAAGAAAUGUGGGUAGGAGUAGGAUUGAUGUUCAUGAUUGUUUAUAAAAUCAGGAAUGCUGAUAAAAUAAGUAAAGCUUUGAGAGGCUCCAUCCUUGCAGCUGCCCACGGUCAUCACUAA